AUGACACAAUUUGUAUUAACAAAUCAAUUGAUUGAUACAAUACGGCAAUCUGACUUAUCAGAAAUAGAGAAAAAUGAUUUAAUCACAUCCAAAACCAUAACUCAUACUCAAUUAAUACAAUUUUAUAAAAAUAAUAAACCAACUUCAUCAUUAUUACAAUUAAUUAAACAAACAAAAUUAUAUCUACCAAAAUAUGAAUCAUAUAAUCAACCAAAAACUAAAGAAUUCAUAAAACAAAUGGAAAGAUUAAGAUUAGAAGCAAAAGAAAAAGAAUAUCAAAAAUUAAUUAAUCCAUCAGAAAAAUAUGAAACAUUAUAUGAUAAUUUAAAUCAAGAAUAUAUAUCACCAAUAAAAGCUCAUAAAGAAUUAAAAAAUCAAUUAACAACUAUUGUAAAUAUUUUUAUUAGUGUUGCAAGUGUAGCAUAUGCAAUGUGGUAUUGGACAAAAUCUUCUUGGGGUUUAAAGGAUAGUUAUAGAGUUUUAUUAACUAUAUUCAUUGGAUUAUUAGUAUUAAUAGCAGAAGUUGUUGUUUAUAUGGGUUAUUUAAAUAAGAUUGAAGAAGCAAAACUCAAGGAAAAUCAAAAGAAAGAAGUAAAGAAAAUUAUAAAAUCAUUUGAAUUUUAUUAA